UUUACACUACGUCAGUUUUGUUCACUUAGACUAUAUUUCCCUCGAAGAAAUGCAAUCGUUGUUAAUUAUUGUGUUACAGGCCUGCCUGGUGAUAACUUGCCUUCACACGUCAGUUGGGUACCAGUAUCCAGACUCAUACAAGGUCACAGAUGAUGUAGAAGACUACGAAGACGCUCCACAAUCGCCACCUCCAGAAGAGCAGCAGCCAUCCAAGGUCGAUUACACCAAAUACUUCGGAGGAAGUGUAUCUCCAAUCGCUUCCCCCAGCGCACUCCAUCCUUCCUCAGACUCUUUUGUACAUUCACUGGAUUUUCCUCCAUUCUUCGGUGGAGGAUUCAGUUCAUUAGAUACAAUGCCCGCAUCCAGCCCACUGGUAGCUGGAGGAAUCUACGGUUUAUCAUCCUCGCCAGUACGCUAUGGAGCUCCUCUGCAGUCUACAGCCGGCAUCAAUGCCAGUGCCUCGACCAGUCAGGCUGGCUUUGUGGAUCCGAAUCCAUACAGUGCUUUCCGCUCUCUGUUUGGGGGAAGUCCGCUGCAGGCAGCUGUUCCAGUCUACCCUUCUUAUCAGUACUUACCGCAACAGCCGUCAACUUAUAUUCCGGUGCAGCCAUCAACCUACGCACAGCCAUCGGCAUCCUAUUCACUCUACUUACCCAAUUAUCAACGAGUCAAAGACAGCGUGACUCGAAAUGUUCAAAAAGAUCAGCGUCAACUGUCUCAGAGCACAAUGCAGAAAGCGCAAGAUGCUAAGAGGCCAAAGAAAAAAGAUGAUAUUGAUGAGUUCUAUGAUAAAAGUAAAAGUGUAGAGGAUGAAGAAGAUGAAGAAGAAGAAUCAGGAGAAGAAGAUGAUGAUGAAGGGUACAGUUUUGAAGAGGUUGAUGAAAAGUCAAAGAAAUCAUCUAAACCUGAAUCCAAAACUGAAUCACCUUUGGGAAAGUCAAGUUAUCCUCUGAAAGGGGGCAGCUAUUCAUCAUCAUAUAGUGACAAACCAAAGAGAAUUUCCAAGUCUGAAUCUCGAAGUAACUCUCGCCAACAAACACCAACUUCAAGUCCGAGUUAUAGUGGGGCCUAUGAUUAUCCAAAGGUCGGUCUGGACGAUUUGAAAAGCGAUUAUAACUAUGACUACAAUUGGUUUCCCAGUCCUACAAAUUCAAAAGAAAAAGAGCCAGUAAGAGCCCAAUCUGGUAAUCGGCCAGUUUCAGGUUACAGGCCACCUGCUUCACCGUCACUUUCAAAUGCGCAUCGUUCCAACUCACCUGCACCUUUGUCCAGUCCAAACACUCGACAGUCUCACUCACAUUCUUCAAAGCAGCCAUCAUAUCAAGCGAACGGUUAUAUUAAUAGUAAUGUUCCAGCUUACACACAUGGAACCCCAACGAAAUAUUCAAGAGGAUUUGUACCAUCAGCAAAUAUUCCCCACACUGAUGGAUUUCCAAAGGCCAAUAAGAAGCAGUACCGUUCAAGCUACGCCACAGCUCCUAGCGAACUUUCUCAGGUGAGAAGUAAGGAAGCCUAUUCGGGAGAAUCUAUCAACGAUAAGAGAAAAUGCAUCAAAAUUGAGAAAAACAUUACUUCUGAUCCAAGUAAAACAUAUGGAGGAUAUCCAAUGACUUGCUAUAAAUGCCAUGAUGAGGCAACGGGCGCCAGCUCAGAAUCAUGUUCUUAUGACACAGAGAAAUCUCGUAAAUCAUAUCAGGAAGUUGAUCCACAAACAAUAAAAGUUGAAAAAUCUGUUAAAGGGCCACAUUCCAUCAGAGCCAAACGGGAAAGCCCCUAUGAUCUCAGCUUUUCACAAGAUACGAACAUUGGGGAGAGUGUUACAUUGGUAAGGAAAGUCCGACAAUAUGCUGAAUAUGAUGAUACAUCAGAUUAUGAUGGAGAUGGUACAUCAUCAGAUGAGGCAAACUACCGAUUCGGUCCAGAAUAUUUCAAAGGAGGUAGUGAUGAAAGUACUCAGUCUUCUGAAUACGUUCCUGAAACUGAAAUAGGGGAAGACUGUACAAAAGUGACUAAGAAUGGAGUAACUUGCAUGGUUUGUGAAAAAGAAACUGGUGGCACUUAUGAACAAUGCUCAUAUGCCUCAGAUCCAAAUGCAAAUUCAUAUUCCUAUGGUAGCUCUUCAAGAUAUGGACAUGGAAGCUCUUCUGAUAAACAACCUAGGCAGAAUAAUAAUAAUAGGAAUAAUAAUAAUAGAAAUAAUAACAACAACCAGAACAAUCGCAGAAAUCAAGGUAGAAACAAACAGUCUAGGAGAAAUAGGAGGUUCACGGAUUUGCACACUUCCAACAAUAUGAAAAGAGAAGUGAAACUUGUUAGGAGAGUCAGACAGAGUCCAAAACCUCAUAAUGCUGCUCGCAAGAAGACCAAGGCCACGUCCAAGGUGAAGGGCAAUGAUGCAAGAGCGAAGCAUAACAGUGACGAUGAUGAUGACUCUUAUGAAAUCCCAGAUGACUUCGCAGAGAGCGUUUCUCGCAUCAGAAAAGCGGACAAUGGAAUUGUUGGACUAGAUCCUUUCUUUUAUGGCUCUCCUGAAGAUACUUACGCUUCAGAGGAGAAGAAAGAGAAAAAGGCAAAGAAUAACAAUGAUGAUGACGAUGAUGGAGAUAGCGAGGAAGAUGAAGAAACCUCAACAGCAUCUAGUAAUGGAAACCCCACUUAUGAGGAUUACUUCUAUAGGCUUUUCCCGGAAUUGACAGAGAAAGGUAAUUCCAAGAACAAAAAACCAACAGCGAACUCUGACUACGAUGAUUCGGCAAUCAUUGAAGAUGGAGAAGAGAGCGAAUCUCAACAGCCUAGCAAAACUCUAGUUCCAGGGUUUGAUUUCCAAUCAAGUUUUCCAGAUUAUUUUGAAGAGAAGGAGCAGAAUGAGGACUUAGAAAAAGUACUUGGGGAGUUUUCUCAGAAGGACCGAUCAGCAUGCAAAAAAGUGAUGAAAGAUAAAAUGACAUGCUAUCAGUGUGUGGAUGAGAAAGGGAUGCAACACGAAGAAUGUAUGUUUGUUGCGGCAACCGAGCCCAAGAGUAAGCAUCUAGCAUAUCAUGAAGUCAAACAAUUCAACUUGUCACCGAAUGAGAAGUCGGAGAAAACACCAGUUGUUACAAACAAAUUAGCUAAUACAAAGCCAUUAAUAUUCCAUCCAAAUGCGAAACAAGAUCCCAAUGACGGAUUAGACAUGGACAAUCAAGAAACUUUGAAGUUGAAGCGCCGAAUUCCUGUUGUUGAUAGCCCCACAUUUGUCAAUGAUGGCGAAGGACAGGAAGAUGAUGAAGAAGAAGAGGAUGAUGAGGGAGAUGAGGAAGAAGUGAUUGAAAAUGAUAACUCCCCACAGAACCUAACAGAAAGCGCAGAGAUCCAAGCCACAGAGAAUGUUGAUAUAAUCAAAUUACCACCAAAACCUUCUACAGGGGGCCCAAUUUCGAAAGUCAUGAUCCACAAUCAAAGGUACUUCCAAUCAACAGGAUCGUCAUCACCGGAGGCAGAAACAGAGACAGAGAAACAAGUGCCGGAUCAGUUGCAGCGUAAGAAGAGACUGUCCCCUCCACAGAAUGAUGCUCUCAUGUCGGCUGUCAACGCGUAUAACAGGCGGGACCAGAGAGGACAGAAUAGUGAAGAAAAUGAGAGAACUGAAGAAGAUGAAUACGACGAAGAGGGAGAUGAAGAUUCCAACGAAGACCCACCGAAACAAAACAAGGAGGAGAGAGCUCCAAAAAAACGCAAAAAUUACAAUCCUAUUCCAACUGAUCCGCCAGCCUUCGAAGUCCCAGAGGGUCCUGAGGGCGCUUACAGUACUGACACAGAGCCUGCUUAUGACACCACUCUGCGGAUUACUCUUCCUAGGUACAUGCUAUCAAGAUCAGAGCAUGAAGCCGUUUUCGACGAAGUUUUAGCAUCCGGAUGAAUGAAAAGUGCCGGGUCGUCUGAUUACUGAAUGAAUGAAUAAUCUAGCAAGUGAACUCCCUGUCGCAAGAGAGUAGGGAAGAGUGAAGUGCAACAUUAUCAUAAAUGUGACUUGGGUGUGUUCAAUCACAAUCCCAACAAAGAAUCAAAUUAGACUCACUUUGUAUGAGAAUAGUGAGCUCACAGUCAUUGUUAGAAUGCUCAUUGAAAUUAUUUCGAAAAUGGAAUGAGCCAUAUGCAACAGACUGUUUCUGAGCUACAAUUUUAUAUAGUAUUUAUUGCAUGACUAUUUUCAUUGACACAUGGUACUUUCUAUUGCUAUUGGAAACGAGAGUACAGUGAUUAGUAUAUUAUGUUUGUUUUGUUAUUUAGUGAAUUGUAACAAUAAUAAUAGAAUUCACGUGAUUAUUUUAAAGUGGCUAUGGAAAAUUUUCCAAAUAAACAGGACAAAAUCAACUUGAGAUUUAGAAUUAAGUUUAUUUUAAACGAUAUUCAGAGAUAUCUCGAAACAUUCAAUUGAGAUCUGCAUAUUUCAAAUUUGAGGGUAUUCCUUAGGUUUGUUGCACUGAAUUUUAUUAAGCGCUGAAUUUUGCUAGCAGUCAUCUAUUUUAUUAUUCAGUGGUGUUUUUUUAUUCUGUGUAAAAUAAGUUGAGACUUGGCCCUCAAUCCGAAGAAAUUACAA